AUGUCUUUAUUAUCUGAUAUGUCGUUGGGUGAUCUGAGACCGUGUCGACUUUUACACAAAAUGACGCAAUUGUCCGCUACUAAAGUUUCAGAUGAAGUACUUAAAAUGCUCUGGCUUCAACGCUUACCAUUAAACAUUCAACAAAUUUUAUCAGUCAGUUCGGAUAAGUUAGAAAGUCUGGCUGCAAUAGCCGACAAAAUCUCUGAAAUUACUAAUAUCACCCUUACCGUUUCCGCAAUACAAGAUGACUUUGAUAGAAUUAGUAAACUAGAAGCAACUGUUGCCGAACUGAAUAAAACCAUAAAGAGACUUUCAUCAUUUAGGUCAAAAUCUCCCAGAAAUAGACAGCGAAGCAAGUCUCCUGCCAGAAAACAACAGUAUUCUACAUGCUGGUACCAUUUUAAAUUCGGAAAUAAAGCGCUGAAAUGCAAGCAGCCAUGCAGUUUUCAGGAAAACUAG